AUGUGAGGCAGUUGAAGAUGAAUUAAGGAUCAUCUCGCAUAUUCCCAGGCCCUUACAGUGUGUCGCGGAUUUGCACGGCCCGGCUGUGGCGGAGCCCCCCUUAACAACCAACACCGCAGAACCCGAUGCGGGCGACGCGGAAGCCUCCAACAUGAAAGUCGCCUGAUUAUCUCAACGACAUUUCUCAGUUCUUCACUUUGUUACCUCUUCAUCUCAAAAGAAGUCACACCCAAUCAUUGCCAAUUGACAAAACCCCAAGGCCGCCAAUGCAUCUCAGCCCAGCCCAGCAAUGAUCUCCUACGUCAUCGCCCUCGUGGCCUUCCUCGUCUUCUUCCCCGACCCCCUCGUCAACUUUUUCUCGUCGUCCGAUGGCCGGAGCACAAGCAGCCGGAGCCGGGUGGCCCGCACGCCCCGGCCGCAGAUGAACGAGUCCCUGCUGGCCAUCGAACAUGCCAACGCCACGGCCCUGUCGUGCCCGCCCGACGACUACUCUGUGCGCAUCUUUUCCAAGGAGCCGCUGGUGUUGUAUAUUGAAGGGUUUUUGAGUGUGGAGGAACGGAAGCAUUUACUUGAGAUAAGCAACCCCAUCUUCGAACCCUCAACAAUAACCCACAACGGCGCAAACACCCACCGCGACACCUCCAUCCGCUCCUCCGACGUCGCCCUCCUCCCGCGCGACGACACCGUCCGCUGCAUCGAGGCCCGCGCCCGCGCCCUCCAGGGUUGGCGCGAGGACCUCUGGAUCGAGAGGCUGCGGACGCAGCGGUACGUCGAGGGCGGGCACUAUUCGUACCAUUUCGACUGGACCGCCAACCGCGGCGGGUGGGGCCGGGUGAGUAGUAUGAUGGCGUGGGUCGACGCUCGAGGCGGGGAUGAGAGCGAGAACGAAGUACCUGCUGGGACAGGGAACGGGGAAGGGUUGGUUGGUGGCGGGACGGAGUUUCCGUUGUUGGAGGUGGGUGGGUUGAAGAGGGAGGUUUGGUGUAAGUUUGUGGAAUAUGGUGGGAGGGAUGCUGGUGAUGGUGGUGAUGAUGAGAAGAAGCUGGGCGAUGAUGAGCAGGGCAAAGGGACUACCUUCAAGCCUGUUCCGGGAAACGCGGUGUACUGGGAGAAUUUCCGUGCUGACGGGAGCGGUGCCGGGUAUGAUGAGACGUGGCAUGCCGGACUACCGGUCAAGAAGGGCGUCAAGGUCGGGCUGAAUAUUUGGAGCACUGGGAGGAUAGAGUGAGCUGUCGUGAGUCGGAUAUGUUCUUAAAGCACGAUAGCUUCAAUGCAUGUUCACGAUAUGUCAUUAAAAAUUGCUCAGUCUGUUCUUUUGUACGACAACAUGAACACCAAGCUUCAGAACCCCUUCUCAAGUCAUAUAGCUCCCCAAUGUACGUCCCAAAAUGAUGCAAGAUACCCACCCAAACACCAAAAUGCUCCGGCUUGCUUGCAGGAAAAAAGGGAAUGAAAGGAAGAAAGAUACCAAGGGAAACGCACGCGCACGUUAGCCGCAUUUCUCACAGGCAAACAACACCUACUAUGAAAGACCAAGGAAAUUCGGCUCUCCUCCACCCCCGGCCGUCCAGUCAAAGUCGUCCAUGAGCAUCGACCAGUCGAUAUCCUGCAGCGGGUCACUCGUCGGCACGACGCUCGCGUUCGCAUCUGUCGCCGCCGCUACCACAAGGUCAGCAACACUCACACCGAACCCCCGGCCGCCCCU